AUGGCUUUUCUCGGCUUUCGUAGAUUUCCUACACCAAUUAUAAGACCUAUGUGGCCUUUUAUGAUAAGCGGAACUAUUGUACUUUAUCUCGUACACAAAAUUGAAAAAGCAGGACAGUCUGUUCCUCCCUAUGAUAUCGAUCCUCGCAAUCCACGGGCUUUGCACAAUAAAAAAUUAAGAGAACACGCUGAGCAUUAA